AUGCUUGGCUGGAUAACGAAUACGAACAGAGGCGAGCUAGAGGUGUCCAACACAGAAAGAAAGAAUGACUGCCCCGCUGAGCGAGGUCUUUACUGCGAUAUGGAUCAACAAAGAGGGUAA